AUAUUAUUACUCAUGUUGUGAAAUCCACUUAACGAUUUAAUGUUUCUAAGCUUUUUGUUGUAAAUUUUAUUACCAUGUUUGACUUAUUAUAUUAUUUUCUUAAGACUUUUCAAAAAAUUGAUCAUUGACUUUUUGAUUUAAAAUUUAAGUAAAGUAGUUUAAGUGAGGAACGUAUUCUAAAUUUGAAUCAUGUUAGGUAUAAGGAACUUUUUCUAUAGUUCGUGUUCUAAAUUGUGUUUAUGGCGUAUUCCUAACAUGAAUAAACUUGAAUGUACUAUUUCAUCACAAUCUAGAUAUAUUUAUAAAUCGUCAUUAAUAAAAAAAAAUAUUUAUUCAAAUAUAUGGAAAAGACAUUCAAGUAACAUAAAAACUAUUGAAACAGAUACUAAGUUUGUUGGUUACUGGUUUCUUGGUUGUAGUGGAAUGGUUUUUGUUGCUGUUGCUUUAGGUGGAGUAACCAGACUUACUGAAUCAGGUUUAUCUAUGGUUCAUUGGAAAUUACUCGGUGAAAAAUUACCAACUACUCAGAGUCAGUGGGAUGAAGAAUUUAAUAAAUAUCAACAAUAUCCUGAGUUUAAAAUGAUAAAUUCAAGGAUGACUGUUGAAGAAUUUAAAUGGAUAUGGUGGAUGGAAUAUGCACAUAGAACUUGGGGUCGGUGUAUUGGAGCAGCUUUCUUUAUUCCAAUGAGUGCAUUAUGGUUAACACGUAAACUGAGUCGUACAUCUAAAAUAAACUCUAUGAUUUGUUCUAUAUUAUUAGCAGGGCAAGGACUUAUGGGUUGGUACAUGGUUAAAUCUGGUUUAGAAAAUAGAUUUGACAAACCUACUGAUGUUCCUAGAGUAUCUCAGUAUAGAUUAGCUUCCCAUCUUGGUUUAGCAUUCAUAUUAUAUUCAUUUCUACUAACUAACUCACUACGAAUACUUUUACCAGUUAAAAUUAUGGGAACUGUUAGUAAAAAAAUUUUUAGAUUAUCCAUAGCUGCUACAGGAAUCGUGUUUCUAACAGCUAUGUCUGGAGCAUUUGUGGCUGGUUUAGAUGCUGGGUUGGUUUAUAAUUCAUUUCCUAAAAUGGGUGAUAACUGGAUUCCUGAUGAUAUAUUAAAUAUGGACCCUAUUAUUAGCAAUGUUACUGAAAAUCCAACUACUGUUCAAUUCAAUCACAGAAUACUUGGUAUGAGUACUGUAUCAAUUUUAUCUGCAUUAUACAUUAUGUCACAGAAAAGUAAAUUACCUCCUAGAGCCAAAACUGCUGUCACAACUUUAGCUAUUUUUUCUUGGUGUCAAAUGGGGCUUGGACUUUUAACACUUUUGACAUAUGUUCCUACUUACCUUGCUGCAGCCCAUCAAUCGGGGUCACUUACAUUACUUUCACUCUCUUUAUGGUUAAUUCACGAACUUAAAAAAUUGCCGAGAGUCAAAUGAGUGGAGUAGAAAUAUAAAUUAAUUUGUAUAGUAUUCAUUAAAAGUAUAUUUAUUAUAAUGAAACAAUAUUCAAUUUAUUAAUUGUAUUGUCUUAAUAUUAUUAUUAUUUUAAUUAAUGUAUAUAGUUAAAAUUAUUGUCGUUUUUAAAAAGAGUUUAGUUGUGAUUCCAGACGUUUGAUAUUAUUUCAAA